AUGAACAUCACCGCAGCUUGGAACCGCUGGCACCAGGCCUGUAGCCUGGGCGGCAUGAUACAUGUGACAAGAGCUUCACUGGUAAACAACGUCGGUUUGCUACGACUCUCGUCGACAAUAAUGGGUCGUCAGCCGCAACUGAUUUGCCUUACCACAUGGUACCACAUGUUCGGUGGCCGAGGUUUAAUCCUGGGGCUGAGUGCUCGCAAAACAGUUGCCUCAGCGGGCCUCAACUGGCAGCGUUCACCUCUCUUCUACCAGUAUGGCCGCACCACCGCUGACAUUUGGUACAAGGUGCAGCGUACGAUUAACAUGAAUGGCUCCCACAAUCAGUUGGCAUUUGACGUCACUUUGCUACCAAGAGCUACAAACGACUCUGUGGUUGCGUUAGGACCAGUAGAGGCUGUGCCUGGUGCAUGCGAUGUGGUGACGGACGGUGAAGGUUACUGUGAUUUUGAGUUUGACGAUUGCGAUUGGAAAUCAACUGACGGAUGGAGACGGCAAAUCAAGGCUAUGGCGUUCACGGAUCCUGUGAGAGGCUCCCAAUCAGGACCAGAUAAUUCGGCCUAUGUCCUUACGGCCACCCGAGCGUCUUCGUCUCCGUCCGGUGCCCUAGUAACGAGCCCAGAGUUGCCAGGCGAGAAGAACCCUCAAUGCUUCGAAUUCUGGUACCAACAGACUGGUGCAAAGGGAGCGGAGCUUCAGGUUGAAGUGAUGGCGAACGGCAAGAGUGAAGUGCUAUGGAAAAAGCCGCUCAAGCCGGUCACAAACUACUGGAUGCUCGGCCGCGUGCAAAUCAUUCAGGAGAAGGAAUUCAAGGUUGGAGUUCGUGCCAAAUUCACCGAAGGGAAUGCGCAAUCAGUCAGCAUCGAUGACGUAGUGCUGAGGCCAGAACCCUGUACCCACCCUGCCGAGUGUUACUUCAUGAACGACCUUUGCGGAUACGUGAACCUCUAUGAAGGAGACUUUCGCUGGCUUGUCGGCCCUGGUAGGCUGGAAAGGCCCGGUAGAUACCUAGGUGACCCCUUGUUAGCAGAGGGAGCAGACUACGUCUACCUGGACUUCACUUCUACGACGUUGGGGAGAGACCCCACCGGUAGGACAAAGUCUUCAAACACCGCGAUUCUGCUGAGCCCUGUCUUCGACUCCGAUGAUAACAACACCGUGAUAACUAUCGAUUACGUCAGGCACGGAUCAGAUGUUAUCGUGGCGAAUCUUUCAAUUUUCUGCUACAAGGACGACACGUCGGACAAAAGCGAAGUACAGCAAUCUCUUGAGUUGCCCCAAGUGGACGAGUGGGCGACAUUACAGGUGACACUGAGACAAGGCACGAACUGUCAACUCGCCGUACAAGUGACUCGUGGAGAUGGACCGGAUGGAGCAUUCGGUAUAUGGAGAAUUGAUGUCAUGAGGUCCUCACCAGACAACGACACAAAAGAAGGUUUGGACACCGCAACUCGAUGCACGUUCGAUAAUGGCACCAUGUGUGGUUGGGAUCCGAGCGGAGGCACGCUUACGUGGACCGUGAACGAUCCCGCAAAUAAAGUUCCCACGAAUCCACGCUUCGACCACACUUUGGCAGCUUACAAAGGUCGUUUUAUAUACGUGUCGAAUGACAAAGACAUGUGGUAUGGAACGGGAUCGCUUAAAAGCCCGGAUCUUAACGUCAAUGCCACCAACGGAGCCUGCUUGAGCUUUUGGCAUUUCGCUGACCACGAAAAACGAGCCGCUGGGGACGUGCGCCUCGAUGGAGCGCGCCUUUACAGCUUCACGACGAGAACUAACCACAGAUGGAAUCAUGAUCUCGUCGAUUUCACGACAAGUUUGGACAAAUAUCAGUUGGUCAUUAAAGUUCACAUAGAAAAAGGCCUGAUUGCCCUCGAUGACUUGGAAGUGACUGCUGGAGAAUGUCCCGCCAGAGAUUUUUGCUCAUUCGAGCUUGGCUACCACUGUCCCAUCCAUCAAGGUGCCGGAAACUUCGCCUCCUGGACACUCACGACAGCAAAACUCAUCGGCGUCCCUGACCACACAAUCAAGACACUUAAAGGCCAGUACCUGUACGUGAACACGACGGGAAUAGACUCACAUCACCCAGUCUCCAGAGUGUUCAUGCCAGUUCGGCCGCCCACUGAAGCUACAUGCGUCACAUUCUGGUGGAGAGGACGCGGCGCACCAAGUCAGCUCAACGUGUACAGUUUCACCAAAGAAACGGCAAUGAGAGACCCACUGGUUUCCGUGAGUACCGAGGUGGCAGGGGACUGGUGGAACGUGCGUACUGUCACCAUUUCAUCCCGAAGCAGAUGGAACCUCGUAUUUGAAGUUGUGGCCGCUUCGGGAGUGGAGCACGACUCGGGCGUCAUGCUUGACGACGUCGAUUUCACCGCUGGAGAAUGCGCACCUUACAGUAAGGAGCAAUGA